AGCCGAGUUGUGCGCGUUCACAGUGUUGGGUGCAGAACAUACGAGGCUACGGGUUCUAUCUCGCUGUCUCUUCUGUAGGACAUGUUCACUGACGAAUCCCAUAUUUGUUUUAUUCUCACUGAAGCAGUGCGAACUGGGCUUAGUAGUGGGAUGCUGAAAAAUACAAGUCAUUGCUGUCGAAAACCUCAACAGUAGUAAAGUGCGCGGCACACUGCGGCUAAGAGGAUAUAGAGAAGAGACCCUUGGUGUGGUGGUUUGUCCUGCGCUUACAGUAUGAUGGAGGCUGGCUGUGGGGUUGCCGCGGUGAUCGGGAAUGCUUCCUCAGGACCACAGGGAAAACCAGGAAGUGGUGACGUCCUUGAGGGGGCCAUGUCACUGUGUAUUACACCAGAUGAAGACAAGAACCAGCCUGAUCCAUACAAGAGCACUAUUCCAACAGAUAAGUCCCCACAAGGGAGCACAAUGGCCAUGGUACGGAAUGAUGAGCUCACAGAGCUUCCUGUCGAGCCUGAGCCCACCCUGCGUUCCUGCAUCAGCACAGCCAGCAUGAAGGUCAAAAACGUGAAGAAGCUGACAUUCCCCAGAGGUCAUUUUCCCAGGCUGGCUGAGUGUGCCCACUUCCACUAUGAGACCGUUGACUUUGGCACUGUGCAGCUGUCCUUUGCAGAGGAGCAAACUGAGGGGCAGAAGGCUUGUCUGGACUCCAAGGAGCCACUCUACCUGGUUCAGAUCUGCUGCCAGAGUCGGAGCUGGUUGGUGAAGCGCUCCUAUGAAGACUUCCGUGUGCUAGAUAAACACCUCCACCUUUGUAUCUAUGACCGACGCUUCUCCAAACUCAAUGAGCUGCCUCGCUUUGACUAUCUGAAGGACACAGUAGAGGAAAUAACCAAGAUGUUGGCAGCCUACCUGUCCCAUCUCUCAGCCAUCGCUGAUAACAAGAUCAACUGUGGACCAGUGCUGACAUGGAUGGAGAUUGAUAACAAGGGCAACCGCAUGCUGGUAGCUGAGGAGUCCUCCAUCAAUGUUCCUGCCAUCGCCGCGGCCCACGUUAUCAAACGCUACAUUGCCCAGGCCACAGACGAGCUGACCUUUGAGGUAGGGGACAUUGUGUCAGUCAUUGACAUGCCUCCUAAAGAGGACACUGGUUGGUGGAGAGGGAAACAUGGUUUUCAGGUUGGCUUCUUCCCCUGUGACUGUGUGGAGCUGAUCAGUGACAGGAUUCCCACCUGUGUGUCCAGCUCUGUGUCAAAACCAGUGUGUAAGAAGCAUGGGAAGCUGGUGACAUUCCUGAGGAGCUUCAUGAAGUCCCGUCCACCUCCCCAGAAGCUGAGGCAGCGUGGGAUCCUCAGGGAGAGGGUGUUUGGCUGUGACCUGGGGGAACACCUCCUCAACUCAGAACAUGAUGUCCCCCAGGUGAUAAAAUGCUGUACUGAGUUCAUUGAGAGACAUGGUGUCGUGGACGGGAUGUACAGACUCUCUGGGAUCUCCUCCAACAUCCAGAAACUGAGACAUGAGUUUGACUCGGAGGAGAUCCCAGACCUCAGUAGAGAUGUUUUCAAACAGGAUAUCCACUCCGUAGGGUCCCUCUGUAAACUGUACUUUAGAGAGCUGCCCAACCCUCUGCUCACCUACCAGCUCUAUGAGAGAUUCUCAGAGGCUGUGUCUGCAGCUACUGAUGAGGAGAGGCUGGUGAAGAUCCACAACGUCAUCCAGCAGCUUCCUCCUCCUCACUACAGGACUCUGGAAUUCCUCAUGAGACAUUUGUCCCAACUAGCCACCUUCAGCCCUAUUACCAACAUGCACACCAAGAACCUGGCCAUCGUCUGGGCUCCAAACUUGCUCAGGUCCAAGCAGAUUGAGUCGGCCUGUUUUAGUGGAACCGCAGCCUUUAUGGAGGUGCGUAUCCAGUCAGUGGUGGUGGAGUUCAUAAUGAACAACACAGAGUCACUCUUCAGCCGCAAGGUCAACGCCCACAACCGGGAGAGCACAGGUACCAGUACCCUAUCCAGGCCCAAGUCUCUGCUGGUGUGCUCUCCCUCUACUAAGCUCCUAUCUCUGGAGGAAGCCCAGGCCCGUACCCAGGCCCAGUUGGGCUCCCCUGUUCCUACCCCCGUUCUGUCCCACAGCGAGUACAUCGAGGUGGGGGAGGGACCCGGGGCACUGAUGGGCAAGUUCCACACAGUCAUCGCGCUCCCCACUGAGAGUAAGAGGGCUCCUGGGAAGUUGAAAAAGUCCCCAGUGGGAAGCUGGCGUUCAUUCUUCCACCUGGGCAAGUCAUCCUCCAUGACCUCCAAACGCAAGCUGAAGCGUCACCCCAGCGAACCCAAUGAGAUCAAGAGCAUCGCGCUGCCAGGUGGUAGAGGUGAUAGUGGGACACUGCGCUCCACCAAAAGUGAAGAAUCUCUCACCUCUUUGCACAAUUUGGAAAGGGAGCCCCAGAUGUACCGCCUACCUAGACCACACUCCACCAGCGAUGCCCUCUCCACCGCAUUCAGGGAUGACCUGUGUGAUGCUAGGGUCAAAGGUGACCACUACAAUAACCAGGUCAAGGAGGUCCAUAGUGGUGCUGAUGGUCCAGCCUUUGACCCAGCUGUCGAGUUCCCUCCACAUCAGGAGGACGACCUUGACCUCUGUCUUCCAGCCCCUGGCAUGGCCUUUCUGGACUUUGACCCCAUGUCCUUCCAGUGCAGCCCAGUGAGCCCACCAACAGCUAAAUCCGCUCCUCAACGCAAAGCAAGCGUCAACUGUAGGAAGCAUGUCAGGGGUUCCAGUGAAUCAAAGCCCAUCUCCUCGUCCCUCAAUAAAGUCCUCAGUGACUCCCAGUCCCCUGACAUCAGCCCAGUCCAUAGGAAAAGAGGGGAGAAAAAGAAAGUGGCUCGGGUCGUCUCCCCUGUGGUCGAAACAGAUGUGCACACUGUGUGUGUGUCUGCCCCACGCUGUGUCUCAGAUACUCAGGGGGGUGAAUCCUCCUCCCCUCCACCUCUGGAUCUGUGUGAGGCCCAACUAGUGAGUGAAAAGGGGAGUGAGGCUAGGGCACCCUGCCGGCCCCCCAGCCCACCAAGCUUCUCCUCAACUGUCACAGACAGCCUGGCUUCACAAAACCCUCCGGAUGCAGCGUUGUUUGUCCUGUCAUACUGUAGCAGCAUUGUUUGUCUUAUGCCUCCCCAGGAACAGAUGGGCUUGUGAAUUCAGUGUCUGUCCUCCCUCCUCACACUCCGUUGACGAGUGCUGCCCGCAGGCUGGCCCUGGCCCUGGCUGAGUCUGCCCAGAAGGCCACCCUGACCUCCCAGAGGAGGGACACCCAGCCCCCCUAUCCUCUCCAGAGACAGGACACCCCCCACCCCCUGGACAGACCCCCACGACCCUCUGUUCUCCAACUCCAACCCUGCUCUCAGGAUUACGGUGACCUCAAGGCCUCUUCUCCAGCCACCCUCUUACCCAUGGCUGGCACACCAGUUGAGAGUCCUUGUGACCGUUUCUCUGGCCAUGAGAGAAAACGGGCCCCUGAAGGACAAGUGGCCAUGAGUAACUUCACUCCCACUGUCAGUUCCUUAGAGGCUGGAGCUCUACUGCCGGGCAGCACAGAGGUGAGGGACCAGAGGGAAGGGAGAGACCGGCCCCUGGGAGCUGUAAAGACUGUACAUCUUCAGACUGUGUCCUCCUCGUAUCUCAGUGGUGGGGCCUCGCCUCCCAUUCAAUCAGUCUGCUCCAUUCAGAGCCCGUUAGCUGCUGCUGUCCUUGCUAACACUGACUCAGUCAAUGCCUAUAACUAUCAGACUGUUCUUGCUGAGGCGUCCAUGCCAGGGUCUGUGGGGGAGAUCCCUCCACAUCGUCCUAUGCCGUCCUUAGUCAAUCAGUACAGCGCUGAUGGAGAGAGAGCUAUGAGGGAGGCUGAAGAUGUGUACAGACAUCAUCGGGUCAAUCCAGCAGGACAGGUAUCUGGACCUCCUCGGCCUGACUAUUUCCUUCCCCACCAGGCAGGGCCCAAGAGCAUGUACAAACCCACGUCUGACAGCUGCUACAAUACAUUAGGCCUCCGGAACUACCCCUCUAACUCCCCCCAGUAUAGUGGUCAACCCCAACCCAGGGAAGAGUACAGCUCCAGUGGCCACCACAGAUCCAGGGGACAAUGGCAGAGGACUGAGGAUAGAACCCUGGGCUACCCCGGCAUCCGCAGGGCACGCUCCUUCCAUGCCCAGCAACCUAUUCGUAUUGAACUGGCAGACACCCUGUUCUACGUCCAACGUCCAGCUGUCCAGGAAAAGGAGUACAAAAGGCUACUCCAGUCAGAUGUCCAACCUCUGCAGCCGUACUUUGAGAAUGGCUGUGUUCAGUACCGCUACAGUCCCUAUUCAGACGCAGUGCCUCUAGAGGAGUCUUACUACUAUGUGGACCCUUACAGGACGAGCCGCAUCCGACACAGUCAGUCAUACACCAUGCGCUCUACCAAGGAUUGUGGACAUCCUGGUUACCACUACCGUCCCUCACACAACAUCCCAACCGCAAAAAGAGAACUCUUCUUAGAGAGCAGGGAUCCAGAGCGAGUCAUUUACAAGUCCUGGGACCACCCAGAGGGUUGUGACAGACCUGUCUAUCAGCCAAUCAGGCAAGAGAAUAGAGCCAGGCAGAGGCCCCAGGGCCCUAUCAUGUCUCCUUAUGAGAACCUGAAUCCUCCCCUCCCACAGAGUGACAUCAGGGGCAGAGAUAUCAGUCACACCAGAAGCAGGUCAGACCCAGGUAAUGCCUGGCUGCUGGCCAUCGACAGAGUGGACAGCCAACGUGAAGUACCUGCCAUGUCUCCAAUCUCGCCUGGUCAGCAGCUUUCAGACCCUAGUGAUUAUAUCAGGCACCAGAGGGUUCAUUGGCCAGGCGAGGAGCCAGUCCCUCCCAGGAGAGAGAGCGUUACCAGGAGAACCCAGCCCAAGCAGGGCACCCCCCAACGAUAUCAGCCACAGCAUUGCAACGUCCCCAUGCUCCUAGAUGUUAAGAACGUGGAGCAGGGUGAGGGUGGUCAUAGUAGAGGUUGUGACAAGAACACCGUAAUUAUGGGCAACGCUGCUAACAGCUACUCUGCCCAAUUAAAACCAAGCAUCCCCAGGAGACCACGAUCACAGAGCAUCAAAGAGCCUCGUUAUUACCACCAUGUCAAAUCACCUGUGGAACAAGAUCACCCUGGGUCCUUCUCCACUCAGCCCCACAGGAGAACUCAGAGCACCAAGGCCAUGCCCUCUCAUUAUAAUAACCUGGAGGGGUACUACCCAGCUCCCAAGCCCAAACCCUCAGGAUCUGGUAAGGCCAUGCCAGGGCCGUUCCCUGGCCACGGCUGCAUGCCCCCACACAGCCACAGACUGCUGUCACAUGGCCUAGGGGGCCACGGGGCCUUUCUGCAGACAGGCCACAGGCCGGAAGCUGGAGUCUAUGCUGAGUGAUUCAGUCCUCUAAUCACACCAGCAGCUAAAAGAGGCCAGCUUGGUAAACAUCUCCAACUCAACAGAUGAAUGUUCAUGUUUAUAAAAAUGUAAAAAAUUCAUAGACAUAUCCCUUCAAACUGUUUUUAAGAAAAUGUUGAAUUGACACGAAUGGGUGGGUCAUACCGUUGGUAACAUGUAGAUAGCAAAGAAAGAGGGAAAUUAUUUUCUCAAACUAAGAGGUGAGAUUUUGAAAGCUUGUUUUAGGAAAUAGUUUAUGAAGGUGUUGUACAAUUUUCAUUUAAUGUCCGUGAGAUAAUAUUGUCCAACAAACAGAAAAUGCCAUUUGAAAUGUCUGCCAAAUAUUGUUAAUCUUAUGAGCAAUAAUAAUCUAAGAUAUGUCUUACUGGGCCUACUGCCAGCGUGAUAUUGUUUGCCUAGAUCAUUUAUGCCCUAACUGAAGAAACAUGCACUUUUUAAGAAUUCUAGCAUCUGAGAACCCUGUAUAGAUCCUUGACUUUUUAUGUUUUGCAAUUCCACUGAUUCUUCACUGAAGGUGUUUGGUAACAUUGGCACUUGUGGUGUUAUUUAGUUCAUACAAUAAUGGAAGACACUGAGGACAUUUCUUCACCUGCACGUCUCCCACCUUCACAAAACAGGACACUCAGACAUGGAAAGAUUAAGGAGCAUGGAGGAUUGUGACCACAGUUGGGGUCCAUCUAAUGUCAUGUUACCAGGAUAAAUAACUUCCAAACAUGUACGUGUGCUGCAAAUGUGAAAGAAGUGUACAGAAUGUCAAUGCACUCCUCACAUUAACAGGAAGCUAUGAUGUUGUAUUAUGAGGACAUUCAUUUCUCUCUUUGUAGGCAUAUUUUAAUGGUAUGUUAUGUUUUAACUGUUGUUUUACUCUAUUGUUAUAGUUUUUUAUUCAUUAACGAUAUUAUUUAAAACCACCCUCUGUAAAUGAGAUAUUGCUAAAGACAUUUCGUUUUUUCCAUGAGAUAAUCUAAAUAAAAAUGUAAAACAUAC